UACUUGAAGAAGCAGAGAGAGCUACAGAGAGAGAUGAGAAUAGCUGAUGUCCUCCGUGAACGAGACGACGGCGAUGACGGCAUCUCCGGCGAGAAUUUUCUCCCAUCUUUUUCAAGCAAGAGCUAUUCUGCUUCGCCAACAGCUGCCGCCGCAGCCAACGGCGCGUCUUCUUGGUCUAUACUGUUCAGAUGGUUUCGCAAUCGUCGAAAACGUGCACCGGCCGCUUCAGGCGGGAAGCUGAUCGGUCAGUGGUCAGCGACCGACGCAAUUGCAGCCGGAAGUGUGGAUUCCGGUGGGAGAUUGCUUCCGGAGAUCGGUUUGUCUUCAGGUGUCAGACCCAAUGAGAUUGCCUUCAAUCUUGGGAUGGGAAUAGGGUUGGCUUUCCUUCUGGCUGGGAAUACCAAUGAGAUGAACAAAAUGGUGGAGCUGAGGAAUCAAAUGGAAAUGCUACUGAAAGAAAUCAAAGGUGAAGUUCAAAGAAGAGAUGAUAACUCCUUAUAUACUUCAUCGGAUGUUAGUGAGGAUGCAAUUAGCACAGCCAUUUCUAUACAACAGAAUAGUUCAUCCUUGGAAAUGGAAGAUCCUAAACAUUUCUCUGAAUCUAAUAGAGAAAACUAUCAGUCACUUUACAACUUGAGAGGAAUGGUUGAAUUGGAAGCAGAGCUUCAACUUGAACUGGAACGAAUGCAGCUUAAACUGGGAGAAGAUGCUGGAGAGCACAAGAUGAAGGAGUUGAAGAGUAAGAAGGUUGAUUUAUCUUCUGGAAGUAGUGCUUCAGCUUGGUAUGACCACAUGCCUGAUGAAAAUAGUGGAGAAAGCCAUGGAAUUUGUGCAUAUGAUUUAGAGAGAAGAUUGCAUGAGCUUCUCCAAACAAGACAGCAAGAGAGGAUAGAAAGUUUAGAAUCCGCACUGGAGUUAGCUCAGAGAAAACUUCAGGAGAAAGAAGAAGAGUUGUGUUGUUGGAAGAACAUUAGAGAACUUGCUACUGAAAAUGAUGAAUCUUAUUUCUCACUGAGCUUCAAGUAGUUAGUGUAAAGAGUUCUACAUGUAAACAAAAUGCUUCUUUGCUUCAUAUAUAUAUUCUAAGGCUUCAUUUGGAACGGCUUUUUUACUGCUUCUUAAAAUAAUUUUUUAAUUUUUUAUUAAAAAAUUGCUUUAAGAAGCAGUUAAACAAUCAUCCCAAACGUAGCCUAAGUUUCUCAGUAUGUAUCUUGAUUUGGUACUUUGCUAUCCAUACUCUGUCAAUCUUUUGCACCUUGAUUAUCAUUAUGUUAAGUUGUGGUUGAGGAGUCUAAUUAAUAUUAUUUAUAUAUCUUAUGUAGAGACAAUAUGUCUAUUGACUUUGGUGGUAAUAUUAUUUCACGUGUAAUUUUAUAAUUUUUAAUUAUAAUUGUUAAAGCUAUAUUACAACAGACUAAAAAAAACAUAAAUUUCUCAAGAAAAGCUUCUCCAUCUUAUUAAA